AUGGUGAUGCUGCUGCUGGUGAUGGUGCUGGUGAUAGUGGUGGUUGUGGUGGUGGUGGUUGUGGUUGUGGUGCUGGUGCUGCUGAUGAUGAUGGUGCAGGCACAACGAUUUCUCUCGAUUGAUAAGGACACCCUGUCUGCGUUGGCGAUAACGGGGUGUCUCCGCAGCCCCAGCGGGUUGUGUGCAGGGGGCGGAGGAGACCCAACCAGCAGCAGCAGCAGCAGCAGCAGCAGCAGCAGCAGCAGCAGUGCGUUGCAUGUGCUGCGUUGCAUGCAGCAUUUCUCGGGGCUGGUGAUUGAUAUGGGGGCCUCGCUAACCCGGGUGUCUCCUUUUAUGGGGGGACAGGCCUUCGGCUGUCUCUCCUUUGAGCUGCCGCUGGGGGGCAGAGACAUAGACUUGUAUCUCAGCAGCAAACUGCUGCAGCAGCAGCAGCAGCAGCAGCAGCAGCAGCAGCAACGGGGACAGGGAUCAGCGCAGGGGAAGGUGAAGAAGCCCUGUUAUUGCACUAUGGAGCAGCUGCUCUGCUGCGCGACGGAGAAGGGAGUUGUCUUAGCAGCAGAACGAAGCCUCGCCAGCAGCAACCCCUGCACUGUACAGACACCGAGGGGCUGCAGCCGCUGCAGCAGCAGCAGCAGCAGCAGCAGCAACGGCAGCAGCAGCAGGAAUGGGGACACAAACAGCACUAACGGCAGCAGCAGCAGCAGCAGCAGCAGCUGGUGGGGGAUCGACAGCAGGAAACGCCGCUGUGAUGAAGGGCCUUGGGGCCUAGCUGAGGAGCAAGAUACCAAGCAGCAGCAGCAGCAGCAGCAGAAGCAGCAGCAGCAGCAGCAGCAGCAGCAGACGCAGCAGCAGUGGAUUGUUGGAGACUGCCGUGUUGCAGCUGCGGAGAUUUUGUUUGAUGCGAAGGCUCUCAGCGACUACAGAUACACCUGGGCUGAGGAGGAGCCGCUGAGCGCUGUGCACUUUAUGCCGCUGCAGGCGGCGGUGGAGGCCGUCGUAGAGAAGUGUCCCCUAGACACCAGAAAGUAA